AUGUGGUUAGCUUACGUAGAGUACAAAUCAGCAUACAACUUAGUAUCUGCUGUUGAAAAUUUGGCGCAACAUUUAAGACAUUUACAAUUUGAUGCAGAGCAUGAAGCAGUAUACGGAAUGGAUCAAUUUUACAACGAAGAAGAAUGUACGAAAAUUGCCAAAAACUAUGAAAAAGGAGUAGAAGCAUGCAAUUUAUAUCUGCACACGUCGGAUCUAACAAGUUUUCUAGAGACAAUCAAAGAACUAGGACUCACACAAUUCCUGGAAGAAGUGGAAAAAUUCGCACCAAAAAAUAUAUUCAAACGUUUGAAAAUUAAUUUCAAUAAAAAACAUUUCGUAAAAAAAAAUCGUUUUAUUCAACCAUUAAAUAGUUAUUAUAAAAAUGGUAUACGUUAG